AUUGCUUCAGGUCGGUCGAUUUCGCAUUGCGUCCAAAGAAAAUCAGAAAAAUGUCGAAGAGGAAUCCGGAGGACGAAUAUAGAAAAGGGUCAAGUGUCUACAGAGCAGAGGACUCCAGGGGGGAUGACAGAGGAAGAGAUCGCUCUCCACUUAGAUCGGAUGACCGUUGCGAGACUACCAGCUACAAUCAGACUGAUGCAAAGAAGCAAAAGCUGGCAUUUGCAUUUGGGAAAAAAGGUGGAGCGGAACAAAAGAAGGGCAUUCAAAUAAAAUUAGGUUCAACGUCGAAACCUACUGUAAAACCAACACCAGUACAAAGGCCAACAGUGGCAUCAGUAUUUAACACUGACGAGGAAGAUGAACCUGAAGAAAUGCCAGCAGAAGCAAGAAUGAGAAUGCGAAACAUUGGUCGAGAAACACCAACCUCUGCAGGUCCAAAUUCAUUUGGUAAAACAAAGCAAGGAUUUUGUGACUCUAAAAAGAUAUUUGAAAAAACGCUCAAGAAAGCAAUGGAAGAAGCAAAUAAAUGAUUCCUUCCUUAAUAUACUAUGCAAUUAUUGUUAAUUGUAUAUUAAUUUUACAUGAAAUGCAACAAUUAAUAGUGAGAUUCUUGCUACAGUUAUAUGCAGAAUAUUUUUAUCAAUUUUAUGCAUCUUAUUGGCAGAAACUAGAUACAAAGUCUUAUUUCUCAUCUUUCACAUUUCUCGUCCCGUUCUAAAAUUCAAUUGAACAUUAGCUACUUGCUGGUAACAGCUAAUAUUAUGUUUGCACUUCAAAUGUAUUGUUUUACCAUGUAAAUCGUAAACAAGUAUACAUAUGUAAUAAAAUUAUGCUACGUAAUUUGUACUGUUCAUUACCAUCAUGUUAAUUCUGAAUCAGGUAAUAAUUAAUUAAAAAAGUUGAUAAAAAUGACUUCUUUAGAUAUAGGAAAGUAAUGAAAUAAUUUAUCUUGUAACAUGUAGGCA